AUGAGAGUGUUCAAUCUCGCAGUGGCACUUUCUGCCAUAUCUGCUGUUCAAGCUGUUGCGAUUAAGACAGUGGAUGCUCAAAUAACUGAGGCCCCGGCACUCGAGAAGAGAGCGAAGGAUGCCAUCAUCAACAAAGAGUAUCAAAAGAUGGAGUCAUUGAAAUUGCACGGGUCCACAUCGGAUGAGGCUCCAAAGCCAUGGGUAAGAACUAUCUACUCUACGGUGGUGGAAAUAGUCACCCCUACUGUGGUUGGAGGAGUGACGUUCAGCGGAGAACCUCCUGCUGAGACCAAUGGGCUAGAGCCAUGGAUUUCCUUGGACAAGAACGGCAGCCCCAAGACAAUCAAGCCCAAGAUCAAAGGUGGCGUUACGAAAAAUGCCUCACCAACAUACGGCACGUAUUUUCAGACGCCGGUGACGAAGACUUAUAACAAGGAGGAGUUGAAGGCACACAACAUGAAAGAAGAUCAAAUCUUCGAGCACGUUGUGUGGGAGAAGGAGGACACCACCUACCACGACUUGAAUCCAGUGAUAAGGUGUACGCCGAAGCUCUAUAAGAACAAGGGGAUGGCCAAGAACAUUUCCCCCGAACCAUUCUGUUUUCCCAGAGACGAUGCUGUGUGGAAAAUGGACAAGACGUAUUUUGUGACGUGGUAUCACCGUUUCUUUGACGAGGAUGUGAGCAAGGUGAAGUUGCACUUAUCUUACGUGAAGGAGGCUGCUCGUCAAAAGGGUAUGAAGAGGAGUUUGACGGAGUAUGUGGAGGAUAGCAUGGAAAAGGUGAAGCGUACAUUUGGCAAGAGAUCUCAAAUCAUGGAGAAGGGCGGCAAGAUCUCGCAAAAGUCUUUUUUCACGUCAGACUGGAUCGAUAAAGAAACCGGCAUCUAUCCUGUCACCAUUGACCCCAAGUGGUUGGAUACGCAAUGGACUAGGAGAGCGUUGAUUUCUCUUCAGCCGGAUACCAUUCCAGAUGACGAGUUCGACCAUUUGAAGAACUCGAUUGUCGUUGAGCUUACGAAAGGGGCCAAGGUCGGGAAAGGCCACAAUUUGGACUUGAAGAAACAAGAAGAAAAGGCUAGAUUGAAGGCGCUUUACGGUGACUACUACGAGAUCGAGGAAGGCAUCGACUACGAGAAGUACAUCAUCAUGAUGACCAUUCCCACGUGCGUUUUGAUUGCGGUGAUGGGGAUGUACUUCUUCAUCUGGAUCAACAGGAAGCACACAGAUUUGGCUUUCCUCAAGAACGUCAAGUUCAAGAAGAAGACGAGGAGGAGCAGGUUGCCAUUCUCCAAAAAAAACGAGAACAAGUAUACCGAGUUGCCUCAAUGGGAGGGACCCAAGGCGGACUAA